AUGGCAUCUUCUAGAUUGCUUUUACGUACAGUGAGUUUUUGCUUUGUUUGGGCGAUAGUUUAUAUUAUGCUUUUUUUGCCGUGACUUGGGCCAGAUCUAUUUAUCUGCGUAGUCUUCAUCCUGUGCAGCUCUCGCAAUCAUUCUUCUCUUUUCACUUUUUUUGUGCAGAGAAAAGAGCGCAGACAUGUCAGGCUGUCUCAAGUCAUGGUGAAAGAGGAAGAAAGAACUGCUGUUUCAGGUCUUGACAAUCUUUGCUUUUGACGCCAUCAAUGCACAGGUUAAUGGGCAGAAACAACUGAGAGCGAAGGAACUUUCAGAGUGUCUGGGGAAGUUGGAAAGUCGACGUACCAUGCACCAAGGAUUGCGGAUUCUGCGGCAACAUGACAAUGUCUAGAACCUGCCAAGACAAGGGCUGUCCUUGCAAGUGAGUUAUAGCUGAAUCACGGCUGGCUUGAGCCAUCGAAAAAAUAGUCCUGGCACGAUAAUGCACGAGAUAGCGCCUGGCUCGUGGAGAGCGCAGACUGGACACGCCCCUUAGCGUCCCAAGCUGGCCGUGAAUCAGCUAUACAAGGAUGGGAGUUAGCAUUUUCCGUUUCUUCAAAAGCAUUUGCAGUUUGAACAACUUGAAAAAUAUGAAAUCAAAGGAGUCCUCGAAACUAAAUAACAAUAAAAAAAAAUUUAAUCUCAGAAUUUUUUUUUUGCACAAGACCAACUUAUUUCCAGAGGAGAGUCUACUUAUACCGGCCCUUGUGGUGGUCCAAAAAUGUGCGGUUUCCCGCUAACAUCUUGCUGUAAACCCUCCAAAGUGAUCUCCGGAGUCUGCGGCCCGACUCCACCAAACUUGCCGGACACGAGUUUGGUUCCUGUGCCGGAGUGCUGUCCUGGCGGAACCUGGAGCGCCUGGAGCGAGUGGAACGGUGGCUGUCCUCAGGAGUGCGGCAUCGUCGGCGUCUCCAUCAUUCGCACACGCGUCUGCACUUCUCUCACCGGCGAACCAUCUUGUCCCUGCUCGUCAGUUUCAGAUCUUGCAGUUAAAAAUUGCACCUGGCCAGGCCUGGGUUUUUUUUCUCGCAAAACUGGUGCUUCAUAAAGUUUUGCCCUGAAGUCUGUAAGACGAGAGAAAAAAACAGGAGCUUUGCAGUAUAUAUUCAAAUUCUAAAAAAUUAAAAAAAAAUGGAGUAUUUGGUAACGCGUCUUAGGGUUCAUACAUCCCAAGCACCCUAAUUCACGAAAUGUUUUCAUUGACCAAUUAAAAAAAAACGGUGUGCUCAUGCCGUGUCCAAUGUAAUUUUGGCGAUUUUGAAAUUAACGCAUUUGAAAUAGGCAGAAUUGGUAUUCCAGGAAGGCGCAAAAAAAAAAAAGACGACUCCCAUAACGAUAUAUCGGUAGAUAUACAUUUUUUUAAUGUAACUUCUACGCAUGAACUCGAAAUUUUAGAACUAAUUGGGCAUUUUUUACGAAAGUUUCGAAUUCGCGCAUAAACCCCUCGUAUGAAUGCACAUCUCCUUUGUUCUACGCCUUGACGGAAUACCUUUUCUGCCUAUUUCCCGAAAUCUUUUUAAUCGAAUAACGGGUCAAUUUUGAAAUCGCCGAAAUUACUUUAAACACGGCAUCAUGAAAAUUUCAGGAUCAUAUUUUCAGAGGCAGCGACAUCGAAACUAAAGAUUGUGUGAAUGCAAAUUGCCCACCUCUACCCUCGCCGAAAUGCUGUUUGGCUACAGGUUUUUCUAAUUUCAAAGGAAAAUUGAUUUUUUCAAAGCCGCUUGUGGUUUCCCAGGAAAAGGAAAUUUAUUUUCGUCUUUUUAAAUUUCUUCGUUUUUUAUUGCACAUUCCGACAAGGAAGGUUUCAGUGUGAAACUCGGUUUUCUGAAAAUUUGCUCAAACAUUCUCUGACAGUCCAGACGACUGGUUGAAGAUCCCUCUUAGUAGUUGCCUGUGUGCAAAUUUGAAGUUUUGAGAUUUUAUUUUCCGAAAUUCGAUUGUAACAGAAACAGGUCGUUAAUAUUUCAAGGCUCUGAAAGAACAUUGUUUCCAAAACUAGUCGCACAGGUAGACACUAUGGGGAAUCUUCAUCUGGACCUUCAGUAAUUUUUUUGAAACUUCGGAUGGUUUCAAAGUGUUCACUAAAAUGAUCUUCUGUGAGUUGGAAAGACUGCUAUUCAUAAUUUUUGUUUCUCUUGUGGAGGAAUCUGGAGCGAGUGGUUCGAAACGAAACGCUGCAACCGCAUCUGCGGCUCUUGUGGGUACGGAGAGAAGAGAAGGACGUGUUUGAGUGAAGCGGAUGGCUGUCCUUGCAUGCGAGUAGACGACUGAAAGUCUUGAAACGUUUUGUUUUUGCAGAGGCGACAGUACUUACCAGGGUCCUUGCGCGAUAGCUGUUUGCAACAUACCUAACUGGAAUCUCUGCUGCGACGGAUUUGUACCGUUGACCGAUCCGAAGACCGGAAUGAAGUACUGCGGGCCCCUCGCCCAGUUUCCUCUGACCUACGAAAAUCCGACAAAAUGUUGCACAAAUCCGGACGGAAACUGGAACUCCUGGAGCGAAUGGACGCCCUGCAGUCAUACCUGUGGCCUUUGUGGAAUCAAGAAAAAGACGCGAACUUGCGAAUCGGCGAAGUAUGGAUGUCCAUGCAAGUGAGCAGAUAUCAAAGCCAUUUCUGUUAAUUCGAAUAAUGCGUUUUUAACAGUAUUGUACUACUUUCCGGUUGGUGCUAGAACAGAAGCGCGUCUUCCAGUUCCGCCUUUUUUCCAUUUUGUUUUUGAACUUCAUCAAAAUUAAUUAUAAUGAAAGCGAUAAAAAAGCAUUAAUUAUCCAUCAUAAUGGAAAGACUCAAAUUAUUGUCAAUUUUUCCCGACUUGAACGGCGACGAAGGUGGAGAAGUGAGCAUGACGCGUAGCGUGCGCGUACGCGUACGCGGUUCUUGCCACGAUUUCACUAUUUUUAACGCACACAUGCAAAAAAAAAUCAAUAAAUAAUUAGAAAAAAAAAUGAGAAGAGCGAUAAACGAGAUGUCCCAAUAUUCGAUGACGUUUGAAUUGAAUUUGUGCCGAGAACCGCGUACGCGUCAUACUCUCCGCCUCCCUCGCCGUUCAAUUCGGGAAAAAUUAACUAUAAAAAGCAGACAAGCUAUUCGAGAAAAAAGAACGCGAACAUUUCCUAGCACCCUCCGGUAAAUGCCAACUGUUUCCUGGUAUUCACCUGACAACUAUUUUGAAGCUCAGGAAUAAAAAAAAAUGAAAAAAGAAACUAUUUGUCUUCUUGGACUUCCCUGAAUUUUUGCUCGAACUUUCUUUGAUUUACUUGAUUCUGACAGUCACGGCCUGUAUAUCUUUUCGAUAGCAGACCACCCCCUUUAAAGUCGAAAAAUGCUAUAUUUCUGUUUUCUAUCACCUCCAACAUAUAACUUCUAAAUUCUCCAGUUUUACAGAGGACCUUCGAGUGAUGUAGAGUUUUGCGAGACGGUUGCUUGCCCUGGAGACAUGUGCUGCGCGGGCGACGUCAAGAAGACCUCUCAAGGAGCCACCUGCGAAGUCAACUUCGGAUACAGUUCGCCACCGACCGACACUUGCUGUCCAUCUUUAGGUGGGCGCUUUUGGAAUCUGAGGAAAUAACGGUUGCUUAAAGGGAUUUGGAGCGAGUGGACCGUGUCCGUUCCGUGCAACGACACCUGUGGAACUUGUGGAUACACGGAGAAGUACAGGACCUGUAUUUCUGAUCUUUACGGCUGUCCUUGCGCGUAGGUUUUUUGGGUUUCAUGUUCGUUUUCUCCUGAGAAGAAACAUCACUUAGUCAGAUGAACAAGCUUGUUUUUGAGGUUUUCAAAGGCACGUCAGUCUUUUCAUGAAUUUAAAUAACACUGAAAAGCAUUUCGAAACUUUUUUCACUUUUUCUUUAUCUGUAUGCUCUUUUAAAUACUCCAGCAAAAUCAGAGAAGACUCCAAAUGUUUUGAACACUCGGCUCAAAGAGUAUUUAAAAUAACGAUAAAAUGUUUCUUGAAAGCCUUUAAAAUUUAAAACCAGCCUACAAGUAGGCACCCUUGAAACGUUAAAAAUGUAGCUUUUAUCUAAGAAAAAAAUAUCCCAUAAAUCAGCUACAAUAAACUUUUUUUUCAGUGGAUCUGCCAAUUACAAAGGCAGCUGUGCACAGAACGUAUGCCUAUUCCCACGCACAUCAUGCUGUCCGGGAUUCACGAAGAUGAUAAACUCAAAGGAGAAGCUUUUCUACUGCGGCCCAAUUGUCGGCUACCCGGUAGACCUGUCUACCGGCGGCUGCUGUCGCGACGGCUUCGUCUCACCUUUUGUGAAUCCAGUGCCGGACUGUCAAGCGAACGACUGUGGACACUGUAUGCACGCCACUUACAACAGGACGUGCGCAUCGGAAAAAUACGGAUGCCCAUGCAAGUAAGAGGGUAGUGUCCAAGAAAAGUCAGCCCUGAAGUUCAGGCCAAUGAUUUUUAGACCAAGAGUCUUCGGGAAGAAAUCCUUUUUUUUCUAAAUGAUUUUUCAAAAAUAUUUUUUUUCAAAGUGCCACAUAUAGGAUGUUCUACGCAAGUAGUCAAAGAUUUCAAAAAGCUAGCCGAAAAUGAAACACUUCAUAUCAAGCUGACCUUUGGAGAAUAUAUUUCGGGACCAUUAAUUAGUAGGCCAUUUCGCAAGUUUUCACAAUCCUUUUUUAUUCACAAGGAACAUCACUGUUUUCAUGAUUUUCAAUUUUAUUGAAAUAGGAAAAUGUGUAUUGAAUUUAAAAAGGGGCUUAAGAAAAAUUUUUCCGCCCAAGAUUUUUUUAAAUUUUUGUACUUGCAUCGAAUUAAAGCUUCUCUGCAAUGUUUUUCUCCAGCUGUUAAUGAGGGAAGUUGGACUGGUGUCAAAAAGUAGUCGUUCUCUUGUCUUAUUUGUUUUCUUAUAGUUUUCGAACAAACAAUUUGAAAAAUACUGAACUCUAUUCCAUCUCUAUGUAGAAGUGAUAUUAGUUUUUUUUUUUGGCUGGUUUUCCGAAACCAUAAAAAAACUUGAUUUAGCUUACUUUCGUGCUUACCAGGUUGAAACAACAGUAUUCGGUGUCGUGCUCAGCAACUCCAUGCAACUCGACGCUGCCGUGUUGCGAAGGAGUUCUGCAGAAAGAUUUCACUGGAGCCCAGUUCUGCGGAACUCCGCCGACGACGGCUUGCGACCUGACCUGCUGUCCUCCGUCUGGUGAGGCUUCUUUGAGAUCUGAAAGAAGUAUCUCCUUCCUUCAGGCGGCAUCUGGAGCGAGUGGACGGCGACUGCUCCUUGCAGCGAAACCUGUGGAGGCUGCGGAACGCAAACGUUGAAAAGGACAUGCCUUUCCGACCCUAAUACCUGUCCUUGCAGGUUUUUCCAUUUUUUUUCAGACAAACACUGUGAUUGAGUUUUGUACAUUGCAUCUGAAAACCCUCUUGGUUUGUUUAGGUUGCUUAGCUCGUGUAUCACAUUGAAAAGACAUGGAAACGUGUAUGAAGUCGAGAUUCUCAUAAAAGCCUUUUUUUUAAACUCAUUGACCUCUUUCAAAUUAUAAAAUUAAAAAAACGGAAAAUUUGCAGUGGAAUACCAGAAAUUGUGCAGAACUGCAAUUUCGAUGUGUGUCUGUUCCCGAAGAUUUCUUGCUGUCCCGGAUUCACCAAAAUGGCUUGGCACAAAAACUUUAUAUGUGGACCAAAGCCAGCCGAUCCUGAUCCGCAGCUCGUUUCGACCUGUUGCAGAAACAGACGUGAGUUUUUUUUUUUGCGCACACGAUAUAUGACACUGUCUGAAUGAAGCCGCGUUCAAAAAAGAUUUCGAAUAUUUUGGAAAGUCAGAGAUUACAGGGUCAAAGUCGAAACGGCCUUAAAGAGAUUAGCACAGAACUUUUAUUUAUUUAUUUUUUUUGCGACAUCAAUUUUAGAAGCGUGUAUUGAAAUCUCGGAUUUUCAGCCGUGUGGGGAGAAUGGACUUGGUGGACAACGACGUGCACCGCCAACUGUGGCGGUUGCAGCAACAUCAGAAGGACGAGAGAGUGUUUGACAGAAAGCCAAGGCUGUCCUUGCGGGUCAGCUCAUACAUAUGUUUACUCCCUGGCUGGAGCCAAUAUUUCGAGAACCCAAGUGAUGAGUGUUGAAAUAAUAAGGUGGUUCGCGUGUGAAAUUCUGAGGUCGAUAAAGUUUUUUUUUGUCUCAAGCUAACGCUGAAUACUUUGCUGCAUGAUAAAAAAUAACAGGUCAUGAAAUCAAGCCAACAUAUAUCGAAUUUUUCGCGCACUUCAGAAAUAACCAUCUACUUUGAUUCACAAAGAUUUUUUUUUGGUUUUCAUCAGGUUAUUGAUGAUUUCUUUUCAGAGACGAUAAAAUCGAGAUUCGAGAGUGCAAUUUCGGGGGAACGCUGGCCAAUCGGUACAAACCGUGCACCAUCUCGCCUACUGGCUAUAAAUCUCAAUGUUGUGCGCCUUAUACAUUGGUUGGAGGAGUGUGUGUGAAGUCUUGA